AAAAAAAUUAGCGAAAUUCAAAAUUUAAUGAAUUUAAUUAUGACUCCAGCUCAUACAGAUUCUCCAUUGCGACGAUCCGAUGUUAGUUUAUGCCGGGAAUCUAAUCGCAAUGCGUCUGUUAAUGAUGACGCGGAGGAACGGAGGGAGGCUAGAAGGCGUACGCUGAUUUCUAGAGAGGAGGGAAACGUAGAACCAUCAACUUCAGCAUUCGAGGAUAAUGAAACGUUACAAAAAUAUCUGGAAAUCUAUAACAAUAACAAAUUAAGUCGUGAAAAUGCUUGGUCUGUCUCCCUGAUAGAUACAUUAUCGACAUUAUUGGACAGACAUCACAAAACUUUUAGCAAUUUUAAGGUAGCUGGGAGUUCGUUAGAAGCUUCUUCUAAAGUUUACAGUCUGCGCGUUGACUCUAUACACUCGGAUGUUUUGCGUAUGUCGGCUGGUUUGAAUGCUCAAAAGUUUAGUGAAAAACAAUUAGAAAAUGCUGAUGAUGACGACGAUAAUGACACUGUCGCCACAGGUGGUGAAGGAGGUAAUGACCCCGUCGCUAGUGCUGCGGGUGCAGAGGUAAAUGCCGAAAAUGCGAAAAAAACGAAAAAUAAACGUCAGCGCAAGGCUGCAUGUAUGGUAACGAAAAAUAAGGAAACUUUAAAUGCUCGUCUAGAUACAGUACCACUGCAAGAUCCAGUGUUUGGUAAACUGAAUUCGGUUGUUGGCUCGAUAAAUUCUUCGACACGUCUAAUGAACAAUAUUUUAUUGACAACGGACUCUGAACUAAGAUUACGCACUACGUUCGCCAUUUGGGAUAAAGCAGCUUUGCCGCCUGCUGACUACACAGAAGAGAUUUCAUUGCAAACUAAUAAUGAAAAUGAGUUCUUUCCAUGCGAUAGUUUGUUUAAAAUGCAAAACUUGGAAAAUUUCAAAUUACGGCCAUUGCACGACGGUUAUAUUAUCACCGACAUGCCAGAGCCAACAGCGGAGGACAAGGAACAGAAUUUAAGUACGCGACAUACUGUGGAUGAAGAUAUACCAUCUCCUCCGCAAGAGACAGGUGGCAGAGAAAUUGAAACGGUAAAUUCGCCAUUUGGUAAUCUCCAUGAAAUGUCCAUGGCGUUUGAUAUAAAUGCUGAAUGUGAACCCAUGCCUAUUCUUACGGAACAAAUGCCUAUCGUGGAUGUGGAUUAUAAUGAGUUCGAUGAUUUAACUAUAGAGGAUCGUACUGCUAUUAACAAUUGCCGCGGUCUGCGCAAGGUUCCUGUUGUUAUUGAGGAUUUGCGUCCCGUUGACGCUAAUUCGAAAUUGGAGUAUUCUUACAGACCUAUGGAUAAGAUUUCUCAAUUUUGGGCCGGACCUUCGCAUUGGAAGUUCAAAAGGAUACGCAAUCGUCGUUCCAGUGAAGUAGUAGUGGGACGUGUUUUAAAUCGUCGGGGCCCUCGUCAACGUCAAGCUUUGGAUAGAAAGAAAGCUAAGCAGUUAAAAUUUGAUCAAUCUGAAGAAGAGGGCUUUAUACCUUUAGAUCAAAAGUUUAAGGACCGUAAAGCAAACAUACAAAAAAAAUGGGAUCACAAAAAACUGAAAUUGCCGGUCGACUUGCAGUUGAAUAGCGACCGUUUCUCAUAUUUUACACUUGCUCCUGGCUUAGCGAUAUUGGCAAACUCUACGCAUAGGUCUACGUUACAAGACGUCAUCGAUUCUAGCGAAAAUGGUUUACUUAAUGGAAUGGUGGACAAUGUUCAAGCAAUAGAUGAUCACUUUGCUGAUCACGAAAUGGAUCAUGAUGGUGUUGAAAAUUUGGCUUGUAACAGCGUUUUGGUUGGUCACGAUGAUUUAAGUACCUCUCCUGAAAUAAGACCUGCUGAAAAUAAUUCACACAAUUCCACAAUACUAGAAAUUGCCAACAAUUUCGAAGGCGCCCCCACGCAAGUAACCAGAAUUGUAGUGCCUUUUGCUCGCCGAGCAAAAGUCAUCGACAUGAAGAAUCUUAAACGCAGUUGUUCCACAUUGCUCAACAAACAAUUGAAGAGAACGAUAAAUGAAGAGGACAUACCUCAUCAUCCAAUGCUUAAAAACGAGUGCUAUGAAGAUGGUUUAGCCAGUUUUAAUGAGAUUUAUGCAAACCUCCCGCAAUUAUUGACAAAAAAUAUGUCGGAAGCUCUUUCUACUUCUAUAGCUUUCUAUUCAGUUCUACAUCUAGCUAAUGAAUAUGAUUUACGUCUGAUACCUCAGGACGAUCUUACAGAUUUCAAAAUACGCAAGGUGGUCGGGUAGUUCCUUCCGAGCUAAUUCUUUCAAAUGCAUAAGUACGCAGCACUUUUCUAUCUUUCUUUCUCAUUGACCUUCUUUUACAACGGCCAUAGACAUCCCUACUAAUUCUAGAUUUAAUAUUUUUUAAAUCAAAUAAUUAACGUUUUU